AUGCAUGGAUCUAUUCGCUCCCUGCAACAGAUCGGUCUCCAUAAGCACAUCAAAAAGACCUUCGCGAUAGAGGAUCUCUGCAUUGGCCAUGAUGGCUUGCUGACGAUCAAUAGGUCGGGGCAAAAGAGUGGUUGGAUGAACAAGGAGUUCGCAGACGCCGUAGCCAGCAUCACCACACAAGUCAAGGCUAGUCAGGCUUUCACAGCGCUGAAGGCGCGCAUUACAGCCUAUCUUACCGACACUGAUCAUUAUCCGCUCGUCUGUCUCAGCCAGGCAUUACAGGAGAUUGAAAGGGGCUGUCGGAGUGUUAUGCAUCUGGAGAAGACCCUGAGACUGUUUCCCGAAGUCCUCGAGUUUCUUGAUGCUGGUGUGGCAAGCAUCUAUGCUUUCAAGGGGUACAUGAAAGAGCCGGGUCCUAUGCCCGCCGACCGGUGGGAGAGAUCCGGAGACGCAAUUGGAGUUCAAGCGUUGCUGGUGGAUCUUGAAUAUGAGGACUUUAUUUCUGGGAGAUAA